GACUCCCCGACGCGGCGGCCGAGAGCGUAACUCGUGGAGCGUCGGCGGCGCCAGCAAGCAGCACGCGCCACCCAAGUCGAGAGCCGAGGGCCAAGAGGCGAGGUCCGAGCGCGCGAGUGCGGGCACGGGUCGCGCGAGUUGAGUGCGCGAGACAGUUAUGCGCGGGGCAGCGGUGAAGCGUUGCUGCCGCCGCAUCCUCGGACAGUUCGCAAGCAAGAAGCGGAAGCAAUCCUCACUGCCAAUCGACACUGCUGCGGCGGCAUGAGGUGCCGCAGGCCGCCAGCCGGAUCAGCGGCGCGCCCAGCCCUCUUUGCCACUACUAGACUCUAAACAAUCCUGAUCUCUCUCUUGCUGUCGCUCUGCUACUUCCUCGCUCUCAUCUCUCUCUUUUCUCUUCUCUCUCUCUCUCUCUCUCGCUCUCUCUCUCUCUUUCUCUCUCUUCUCUGUCUCGCGCUCUCUCUGUCCUCCUCUCUCUGUCGGACCGUGGUGGUGGUGGUGGCAGCAGCUGGUCGUCGCUCGAUGUCUAGGCUGAUGCUAGCAGGCGGCCCACGCCCGCUCGAGGCAGACACGCAGCACCCGCAGAGGCAGCAGCAUCAGCGCCGGAGGAGCAGUGCAGGGGUGCUGGGGCCCCGGUAGCUCGUGCCAACAGUCCCCAGCCCUCCGAAGCCCUCGGGCGAUGUGCCCUGCCCAAGGAAACUGCAUCAGCAACAACAACGCAACGGGUGGUGGACUCGGCGGCGGACGAUGCUCAAGGAUGCUAGGACGGAGGGCGGCGGCGGGGGCGGCGGCGGCGGCGGCGCCGGCAAGCUGCAGGCGAGGCGCUGGCGCUGGCGGUGGCGCUGGCGCGGGGCGGCGGCGGCGCGCGAGGCCGGCGGUCUAGCCGGGCGCCCCGAGCCCGCGGGCUGGCUGCCGCCGCUGCUGCGGACGCUCCUGCUGGCGGCGGCCCUGCUGGCCCCGGCGGUGCAGGCCAACCCCGAGGCCAAGCGCCUCUACGACGACCUGCUGUCCAACUACAAUCGGCUCAUUAGGCCCGUCGGCAACAACAGCGACAAGCUCACCGUCAAGCUCGGCCUGCGGCUGUCGCAGCUCAUCGACAUCAACCUGAAGAACCAGAUCAUGACAACGAACGUUUGGGUGGAGCAGGAGUGGAACGACUACAAGCUCAGGUGGAACCCAGACGACUACGGGGGCGUGGACACGCUGCACGUGCCCUCGGAGCACAUCUGGCUGCCCGACAUCGUGCUCUAUAACAACGCUGACGGCAACUACGAAGUAACCAUCAUGACCAAGGCAAUACUUCACCACACUGGACGCGUGAUCUGGAAGCCGCCGGCGAUCUACAAGUCGUUCUGCGAGAUCGACGUCGAGUACUUCCCCUUCGACCACCAGACCUGCUUCAUGAAGUUCGGCUCCUGGACCUACGACGGUUACACGGUCGACCUGAGGCACAUGCUGCAGUCGGAGGACUCGAACAAGAUCGAGGUGGCGAUCGACCUGACGGACUACUACAUCUCGGUGGAGUGGGACAUCCUGAAGGUGCCGGCGGUGCGCAACGAGAAGUUCUACAUCUGCUGCGAGGAGCCCUACCCCGACAUCAUCUUCUACAUAGAACUGCGCCGCAAGACCCUCUUCUACACGGUCAACCUCAUCAUCCCGUGCGUGGGCAUCAGCUUCCUGUCGGUACUGGUGUUCUACCUGCCGUCGCACAGCGGCGAGAAGGUCUCGCUGUCCAUCUCGGUGCUGCUGUCGCUCACCGUCUUCUUCCUGCUGCUGGUGGAGAUAAUCCCGUCGACGUCGAUCACGGUGCCGCUGCUCGGCAAGUACCUGCUGUUCACCAUGGUGCUGGUCACGCUGUCGGUGGUGGUGACCAUCGCCGUGCUCAACGUCAACUUUCGCUCGCCUGUGACCCACCGCAUGGCGCCCUGGGUGCGCCUCGUGUUCAUCGACGUGCUGCCGCGCUUCCUUCUCAUCGGCCGGCCCAAGAAAGACGAGGCCGAGGACGACAACGGCGGCGACGGCGGCGGCGGCGGCGGCGGCGGCGGCGGCUCGGGCGCGACCCGCGACGACGAUCUGCAGGACCUGGACAAGCCGCCCGAGGCCAUACUCACCGACGUGUUCCACAUGCCCACCGAGGCCGUGGACAAGUACGGCGACUACUGCGGCAAGCGCUACAGCGAGUACGAGCUGCCGACGCUGCCGACGCUGCCGAGCCUGCCGGCGCACCACCGCCACCACCACCGCCAUCACCACCACCAGCACGGCUCGCCGCUGCGCCUCGAGUUCGCCGUGCCCGUGGACGAGCCGCUGUCGCCGCCGCGGCUCGCGCUACCCGGUUGCGAGGACGACAUGUUUCUGCCGCCCAACGCCAGUCCCACCUACGUCGGCCACGACGACCUCGCCAGCAGCCCCACCUUCGACCGGCCGCUCGUGCGCGAGAUCGAGCGCACCAUGGAAGACGCCCGCUUCAUCGCCCAGCACGCGCGCAACAAGGACAAGUACGAGGGUGUGGAGGAGGACUGGAAGUACGUCGCCAUGGUCAUCGACAGAAUCUUCCUGUGGCUGUUCACGGUGGCCUGCAUCGUCGGCACGGCCCUGAUCAUCUUCCAGGCGCCGGCGCUCUACGACAAGACCAAGCCCAUCGACCUCAAGUACAGCAAGAUCGCCAAGAAGAAGAUGAUGCUGCUCAACAUGCUGCCCGAGGAGGACUAAGCCCCGGCGAGCUAGCUCCCUCGCAAUCUCUCUCUUUCUCAAAGUGCCAAAUUGAGCGCCGCCGCGCUCGACUUUGCUCCACGUCGGCAACUCGGCGUAUUUUUGUAAAUCCGCUUUCAUACGUAAGGCUAGAUUAUUGGCAACCAGCCAC